AUGGAUCAUAUUCCUGCCAGUGAUAAAAGAUUAGAACAAGUUCGGCAAAUGCAAAAAGAAGAUUGGUUAUGCCAACAAGUAAGAAAAUUUACAGAUGAUGGUUGGCCAGAGAAAAGAAAUCUGCAUGGAGAAUUGAAGAAGUUUGCUGCAUUGUCUUUGGAGAUAACGGUGCAAAGAGAUAUAUUGGUAAGAGGACCACGAUUGAUAAUUCCCGACAAACUAAGAAGAGAAAUGAUUGAGAGAAUUCAUGAAGGACAUCAAGGCAUUGUAAAGUGUAGAGAAAGAGCUAAAGCUGCGAUAUGGUGGCCAGGUAUGAGUAAGGAGCUAAAGGAGUAUGUUUUUUCCUGUCCUGUAUGUUGGAGAGAAAGACGUAAUCACAUAAAGCCAUUAAUUACAACACCUUUACCUUUAUUGCCUUGGCAAAAGAUUGGAACAGAUCUUUUUGAAUUCAAAGGAUCGCACUAUCUUCUUGUAAUAGACUAUUUCUCUCUUUACAUAGAAGUUGUUGAAGUUCGAAGCAUGACGUCAGUUCAUAUCAUCAAUCAAUUAAAAGCUAUAUUCUCUAGACAUGGCGUUCCAGAAUGUGUGGUUUCGGAUAAUGGGACACAGUAUACAUCUGAAGAAUUUAAUAUAUUUGCAAACGAGUAUGGAUUUAAUCACGUUACGUCAAGUCCAAAGUAUCCAAAAGCCAAUGGAGAAGCCGAAAGAGCGGUGAAAACAGUGAAGACGUUAUUACAGAAAGCCAAGGAUCCAUAUCUUGCAUUACUGUCAUAUAGAACAACACCGUUAAGCAAUGGAUUUAGUCCUUCUCAAUUGUUGAUGUCAAGAAGGCUAAGGUCCAAUUUACCUAUGUCAGUGGAGCAAAGAAAACCUGAAGUUCCCAACAUGCAACUUUUGAGGAAGAGAGAAGUAGAUCAGAAGAGAAAGAAGAAAGUCACCUAUGACAAACGUCAUAAAGUGCAACAUCUUCCUUUAUUAAAAGCGGGAGAUUCAGUAUGGAUUUCUGACAAAACAACAACGGGUACUGUUCUAAGAGAAACGUAUCCAAGAUCGUAUCUUGUUUCUACUCCGAAAGGAAUUCUUCGUAGAAAUAGGAAUCAUAUCCGAAUUGAAAGUGAAGAAGAGAGAAAAAUGGAAGGAAGUGAAGAAAGAAUUGAGAGAAGAUCAGAGCCAGAGAGAGAACAAAGGACGAACUUAGAGUCAAAUGUGAGAGAGGAAGAUCAUCAACCAUGUCAUCAAUAUGUUGGUAAUCAAGGUAAAACGAGUCAGAAUACUUCUGAGAUGCAAAGAAAGGAGAGAGAAAAUACAUUGGAGACUCAGAGAGAUCUGGUGGCGACUGAAGAUGAUAAAGACGAUCAUAGAACGAUUAGAACUCGGUCUGGGAGACAAGUUAGGAAACCAAACAUGUUGGAUCUUUGA